GCGGGCCGGGUAGGGCCGGGCGCCGGUGGCUCCUCCGCUUUCCUCCCGGCCCGGCCGUUCGGCGCUGCCGGGCCGCGAGCCUUCGCAAACUAGCACCGGCCCUGGGCCGCGGAGGAGAAGGAGCGUGCGGGGGCUCUCCGCUCCCGAGAUGUCACAGAGUGCUAUGUCCGAGACCUACGAUUUCCUCUUUAAAUUCUUGGUCAUAGGAAAUGCUGGAACUGGAAAAUCCUGCUUACUACACCAAUUUAUUGAAAAGAAAUUCAAGGAUGACUCAAAUCAUACUAUAGGAGUGGAAUUUGGUUCAAAGAUCAUAAAUGUUGGUGGUAAAUAUGUAAAACUGCAGAUAUGGGAUACAGCAGGGCAAGAGAGAUUCAGGUCUGUAACAAGGAGUUACUAUAGAGGAGCUGCAGGUGCUUUGCUUGUCUAUGAUAUAACCAGCCGUGAAACCUACAAUGCCCUUACUAAUUGGUUGACGGAUGCACGAAUGUUAGCAAGUCAAAAUAUUGUGAUAAUACUGUGCGGAAACAAAAAGGAUCUUGAUGCAGAUCGUGAAGUUACUUUUUUAGAAGCAUCUCGGUUUGCACAAGAAAAUGAGCUGAUGUUCUUAGAAACGAGUGCGCUAACAGGGGAAAAUGUUGAAGAGGCCUUUGUACAAUGUGCAAGAAAAAUACUCAAUAAAAUUGAAUCAGGAGAACUGGAUCCAGAAAGAAUGGGCUCAGGUAUUCAGUAUGGAGAUGCUGCCUUGAGACAGUUGAGAUCACCACGCAGAGCACAAGCACAAAGUGCUCAAGAAUGUGGGUGUUAAAGAAGUUAAACACAAAAUCCCAAAUACUUUAGAUACAGAAGCUGUCCUUGCAAAUGGUGUUUGGAGAAACAGCAGCUUGAAGGCUAUGCAGUUUUUAAAAACAUCUUUUCACUAUCUACAGACAGAGCAGACCACUGCUGACAGAACCACAUUGUGUGGGGCAGGAAUGUUCAUGUCACAGACAAGUCUGUGAAGCAAACUUGCCAAUUUGGUGGACAGUAUUAAAACUCAUACCUGUAUGCAACUAUUUUCAUUAUCUAUUUUUGUUCUUUCACCUCUAGCUUAAAGCAUUGCUUAUAUACUGUAAAUAAUGUAACAGUAAAUUUACGAAGCAUGGUAUAACUAUGUAUGCUGAUAGAAUGUUGCACUACAAGCAGUUUAAUAUUUUAUUUUUUUAUCAUAUAAACAGAUUUAACUGAGGUAGGCUUUGUCAUGUUUGUUUGUUGCACAGUAGUUUGUAUUUAUGACCUGAAUUAUAAAACUACUGGUACUGUCAGUGAGGGGUAGUUGGUUUAUUUUUUCCUACUCAGCUUGCCGCAUUCUAACAAGCUGUUGACAUGAAUGAGUCUCAGCAUACGGUUAGGACCCAUGAUUACAUGUACUACUAUAGUUGGAAGUUGGAAAAGUCAUUUUUGUCGAUGUCCACAUAUCCUAUUUUAUCACAGUUCUUAAGUAACUUCUGAAGUGCUUUUAUCACACUUCAAAAGUUUAGGAAAGAAUACUUAUAAGUCUCUCAAAUGGCUGUUGAUUGACCUGGAUCUUUUUUCUUGGUCCUGAUGUUUUGUAUAGCACUGGCAUCACAAAGAUGGAAUAUGUAUAUGUGAACAGAAGUGUGCAUCUUCUGUAUGUGUUGUAAUUCCAGGGCAGGGGCAUGGGCUUAUGGAGAAUUAUCACAUCAGGAGUUCUCCUAACCUCUGACGACAGCAGAGCAAUCCACUGUGGAAAUAUGAUCUCUGUUGAAUCAUACCUGGGCAAUGUACAAACUGAACCAAAAUAGGUGGUUCUAACGUAUCUUGAAUGUAUGACAUUUAAAAUACUAAUUUCUUUUUCUGAAAUAUUCAUAAAGUACAAUUAAGUACGUGGAAUUUUAAAAUUAGACUUUAAAAUUAGGAACUGUCUUGCUGGGGCUCUAUCCUUGAACUUCAUGUGAGUGCACUGUAUGAAGUACUGUCCACACUGCCCCCAGGAGACUCCUGUAAUGGAAGGUAAAAACCAAGCGUACCACUUACGUAGCCUUUUCUCCCUGUGGAACUCAUCAAGGGGAAUUUCAGCCGUGGUCCUGAAUUUAUUUAUUUUUUUCCCUGUGUUAAAACACACAUUUCAGACUUUCUUUCCUGCUUUUUUUUUAUUAUUGCAGGGAAGAUUUAUGAGGCAGGAGAUUAGCAAUCCUGUCCUCAUUCCUCAACUGGAGACAGAAGAGACUUGCAGAAGGUCCAAGAGGGAGGGUAAACCACAAGUAUUGCAUAUCAGUUUUACUGUGCCAUCACAACUGAUCAGGCAAGAGACCUGUGGCUUUUGUUUUGCCAGAUAGAGAACUGCAGAACUAAGCUACUGUUUCUGGAGUUAGCUGGAUUCAACCAAAUCAGGAGGGCACUUGCAGUGACAGAAAUCACUAGUGACAUUUUUACUUAGUCUCGUUGGAAGUGCAAGUUAGCACAUAGUAAUUAUGAUCAGAACCCAGUACUGAAAUUCCAGGUUCAAGCAUGCUUUAUUAUUGUCUGUAUAUGAGUAUCUUCUAUUUAAAGGGUUACUUGUCAAAUGUGUGUUUAAACCAGGAAACUGAAGUGUUAUUGUAAUUUAGAGGGCAGUUAAAGCACGAGAGCUUGCUUCAUUCUUGUGCUGCUACACAGAAGUAUAUGACCAUCUUUUAUGGAAUUAGUUUUGUGUUUAAAAUUCUUCCCUUUGUCCUGACAUUUUUGGUUCAAGUGGCUGCUAUAUACCUUAGGUCAUCUGUGUUAAAAGGAAUUAAGUUUGCUUUGUAUUUGAAAAGCCUACAUUUAGGUUUUGAAAGGCUGUUGGGUCCAAAGACUUCUAUAUUAUCUCUCUCCUGUGUUAUACUUAGGAUUAAAUUUGUUAUAUAACUGGUAACAAUUAUUCCCAAGGAGUAUUCUCUUCCUGGCAGGAGUGUAAAGUAUUUUUUAAAGGAGCUGAACUGUGCAUUUAAAUGAACAUCAAAGAAUUCCAAAGAAACUUACCUGUCUUAAUCCUCACUCAAUAUAUUUUAGCUCCUGGUACUCAGAAGUGGAAGUAAUUACAAAAAGUAAGUCAUCUGAAGUGAGUGUUGGACAUAAUUGUCUCCUCCACCAGUUUAAAUGGCAGAUUAUUAAAUGGGGUAUGUUGUUGUAUUUCUGCCAGAGUUCUGGAAUGCUGGGAAAAAAUGGGAUAUGGGGGAAUUUGCCAUUCCCCCCCAGCCUUAACACAAUCUAAUCAGGUUUCUUGGUACAUUGACAAAAGUGAAAUCUGAGUACUUGCUUAUCAACUGGGACACAGUACAAGUGAAGUUGACUGAAGGUCUCUCUCCUGUCACUGUUACAGUGGUUGAAGUGGUCUUGGCUGCUGAUCAAAACUUCUUUCCAUUACUACAGUAGCAGUUGAAAAGUGGGGGACUGUUACUUAAUUCUGUUGCUUUUAAAUAGAAAUUAUAGGGAUUUGGCUGGGAGUUUCUUAUAUUUCUUCCUGCCCUUUUCCCUUUACAUAAAAAUAAAAAAGCACAGUUUUAUUCUUCUUGUAACCCACUGUCUUAAGCUGUUCCCUUCCUACGUGGAAGGCAAGAAUAGUAUCAUUAUAAUGAAUUUUGACAUGUUUUUACCUUUUUUUUAUGUAUACUCGUACUAUAUAUACAUUAACUAGGUUAAUGUGCAUGUUUUGUUGUAGCACAACUUUUUAUGCUGCACCUGUCACUGACAUUUUGAAAAGAAACUUCCUAAACUGGGAAUUCUUGAGGGAAAUCCUGUUGGAAGUAAUAGCUCUCACCAGUGCAAGCUUAUACUGUUUACUGUUUCUCCUGAAAGGGGUUUUUAAUUUCUAAAGCCUAAACAUCAUGCCAGUAACAGCCCUGGAGUAGAUAUUUAAGCUUUAGCAUUAUAGUUUGCAAACCAAACCUAGCUCACGUAACAAUAAGGGAGAAAUAUGUUCAAUUAUGUAUGGUUUUAAUGUAAAAUUCUUACUUUACCAAAGCAAGAUGUUUUACUGAAAUAAUAACUUGGUACCUGUCUCCUGGGAAUCUGUUGGAUGUGGAACCUUAGCUAUUUAAACCUUUAAACAAUUUAAAUGUCUCAUUAAAGCCUGUGUCUUGCCUUUUAAUGAGUCUGUUGGCCUACACUAUUUCAUUUAAUGCCUGUAUCUAGCCCCAAAUAAAGAAUCUUUCUUGGUUUUC